AUGUCCCGAACGGCGUUGAUCUCAUCCGCGGUCAACUUCCUACGUGACCCAACCACGGCGUCCUCACCUCUCGCGCAAAGGAUCGCCUUCCUCGAAUCCAAAGGCCUCACAUCGCAGGAGAUUGAAAUGGCUUUAGCUCAGGCUAAUGGAUCUGCACCGGGUGGGAUGGGGGGGCCGGGGAUCAGGAUCGGAGGUCAGCAGGGUUGGGUGGUCGGUGCGAGGAGGGAGUACGAGAGGGAUUGGCGCGAUUGGUUCAUCAUGGCCGUUGUGGGAGGCACGGUAGGCUAUGUCGCGGUCAAGUUGACUCAGGUGAGUGAAAGUGUGUGUGUGUGUGUGUGUGGUGGAUCGUUCUGAGCGUGUAGCGGGUGAGGGUUAACACGGCGGCGGUGGGGUACGCCAGGCGUCACAGUGCGCUUUGGGGUGGAAGUCGACCACGGGGAGGCCAUAGGCGCUUGCAGAAGACAAGUUGCUGACGUAUACCAUGUUUUCGUCCUAGAAAUUCAUCGUGCCGCAUCUGCAACCGCCUUCCGAGUCCGAACUCGAAGCGGCGCAGAAAGCGCUCGAGGCCAAAUACGACGAAGCGGCCGAGAUGCUUCUCACAUUACAGCAAUCGACCGAUGCGUUGUCGCAAUCGCUGGAUGAGCAGAAGAGUGCGGUCGAGAAGGAGUUGGACGAAGUGAGGAAGGCCGUCGAGGAGAUGCGGGAGGGGGAAAAGAGGAGGGAGGAGUGGAGCAAGAAGGUCGGCGAUCAGGUCGAUGAGGUCGUCAGAGGGUUGCCCGGGGUGAGUUUAUGGCUGCAUACACAUACGUAUGAGUUCAAGAAUACGAUGCUGAUGCGCGGCCUCUUCCGGACUUUACAGCUUUUGGAGAAGCAAGCCUCGGCGUCGGCGCAGUCAUUGACGGACCUACAGACCGAGCUCAAGUCACUCAAAUCAUUGCUUAUCGCUCGUCGUCCUACGCCUUCAACAUCGACCUACACGCCUCCCGCCACCACCGUCGCCGCUCCGAUCGCGAACGGCUCCUCCUCCUCGUCGACUGCGGGUCCGGCCGCGAUCCCGACCGAUUCGGCGACGACGUCGAUGCCGUCGACCACUGCCGCGAGCGGAUCAAACGAUCCCACACCUCGAUCUUCCAGCCCGUUCCCCGUUCGUAAGCCCGGCAUUCCGGCAUGGCAACGCUCCGGCGCCUCGUCCGCUUCUCUCGCUUCGGAUUCGUCGAUGUCGUUGGCGACUGCGGCUGCGGAGGGAUCAGCGUCAAGCUCGGUGGGAAAGGUUAAUGAUCAGGACCCGUCCGCGAGUGGGGUGUUGGUGGAGAAGGAGGAUGCUGCACCAUCGGUAGUGGCGGGAGGUCAAAGUGAGGAGGCGUCGUCGAAAGCGACGACUGAGGAUGUCAAGGAGUGA